UAUAAAAUUUUGUAGAUACAUAUUAAAAAUAGUUUUAAUUACAUAAAAUUUUCUACUUUUCUAGGUUUUUUUGAAUAUUUAACAUCUACACUUUUAUUAUUUUAUUUUAUAUUAGUUAUUCUAGGCGUAGUAUCUUGAGUAUAAAUUUAUUUCGUGUAAGCAAAAAAUUGAUUUAUUCGUGUAUCAUAUAUUUAUCAUAUAUUAAUCAUAUAUUAAUGAAAGUAUCUUAUUAUAUACAUACAUUUACCUGACUAAACGCCAUUAAGAAAUAUAAAGCAAACUUUAUUGCUACACUUCAGCUUUUCCAAGUUGCUACUUUACCAGAUCAAAGGAAAUAUCUUGGACCGUUCGUGGUAUUUGUAUCAGCUCAUUUUUAUUAUACGUUUGUAUGUAAUUACAUGGGACAGAAGAUUAUAGAUAACAGUACAGAUUUUUUCAGAAAAGCGUGAGUAUCAUUCAUAAAUGAAUGUUUUACAUACGCUAUAUAUAGUUUCAAUAUUUUAUAUUAGUAUUAUUUUAUAUAUGUGUGUAUAUAUAUAUAUAUAUAUAUAUAUAUAUAUAUAUGUAUGUAUGUAUGUAUGUAUGUAUGUAUGUAUGUAUGUAUGUAUGUAAAAAGAGCUUUAGUUUCUUGCAUUAUUAGAAACUUAUGAAAGUCAGUUCUAUUUUUUUAUAAUGAUUUACCAUUAAAUGUUUCUAAGUUUCUUAUAAAUAAUAUUAGAUUAGUGCUAUACAUAAAAUAAAUAAUAUUGAAGCAUUCCUACUGUAACGAACACUAGUGAUCUACGAAGUUAUCUGUAUAAAGAAUUUAUACGAACUGAGGGACAUAACCACAACGGGCAGCGCCUGCGCCACUUGAAAUAAAAAAACCAGCAGAUAUUAUGUCUGCAAAUUUAAAUAUUAAAAUGAACGUAUUAUCGCUUAUAACACUUUACACUGAAAAUUCAUUUUGCUUUUUUUCACGCUAGAAAAUGAUUCAAUUAUGAUCAUUACAAUUAUUUUAAUGUUAUAACUUUUAAAACUUGAAAAAUAAACAAUUCUAUAAAAAGAGACAAUUGUCUCUAAGAUAUCUAUAGCAAGAGAGAGCAAAUUUCUCUUGAAUGAAUAUAGUCCUGUUUCUGACAGAAUACAAGAUGAACUUUAUUGGAAGACGAUACUAUAAGAUCAACAAGUUGCUUCUAUGUAUUCUUGGGUUGUGGCCAUAUCAAAUAACAAAGCGCAUACAAGUUCGACCUAUAUUAUUUUAUAGUAUAUACAUCUCUUUUGUAUUUGCACAGGUGUCAUAAUCCUUUUUAUUUAAAUAUGCGACAUAUAAAAUACAUUUUUUAUAACUGAAUUUGGUUAAUAAUUAAGAAUUAUUAUUUGCAGUUGUGUCCAUUCUUUAUUUUAAAGUGUAAUUUAAUUGUGGUCCUUAAAAUUUUGUCUCAUCUCUUCCCUACUCUUCUAGAAUUUUUGAAAUACAAUUCUUUUUAUACAAAUGCUAAAAACAUUAAAUUACUACUGGAUGAAAUACAAAAUGAUUGGAACGCUUUAGAUGAUAAGAAGGAAACAGAAAUAAUUGAAAAAUACGCUUAUAGAAUGCAUAUUUUUACGUCUAUUGUUACACUAUUUUCCUCUAUCGGAUUAAUCGUCUUUUACUUUAUGGAGUUGUGGCCUAUUAUACUCGAUAACAUUCUGCCAUUGAAUGAAUCUCGACCACGCAAUACCUUUGUGGUUACGGAAUAUUUUAUUGAUCGUGAAAAAUAUUUUAUUCCUAUAAUGUUACACGAAAUGGUCGUAGUUUCCGUAGGAGCCCUCACAAUUAUUUCUACCGGAACAAUACUUAUGGCUUGUACGCAACAUUCUUGUGGGAUGCUGAAGAUUGUCAGCUUUCGCAUAGUACAUUUGUUAGACAAGAACAUAUUGCAACGUUCCAGCCUUCAAAUAGAUCGUAUAAUCUGCAAUAGAAUAGCACAUGCCGUAGAUUUGCAUAGAAAAAUUGCAAAUUUCUUGGAUCUACUUGUUUCAACUUUUACGGUACAAUAUAGUAUUUUAAUUUUCAUCGGUGUAGCUUCCAUAAGUCUUAAUUUAUAUUGUUUUCUUCUACCGUCUACGAUGCAAAGCAACACAGAAUUGUUUGCAUCUGUUGUACUCAUAGUUGCUCACUUUUUUUAUAUGUUCAUGGCUAAUUAUGUCGGGCAAAUAAUCAUCGAUCAUAGUGAAGACAUUUUUAGAGUAACAUGUAAUGUAUUGUGGUACGUUGUACCAAUAUCAUCGCAAAAGAUACUAUUGUUUUUAAUGCAUCGAACGAUGAAAAAUUUGAAGCUAUCUGGUCUCAAUGUAUUUACGUCAUCGUACGAAGGUUUUGCCACGCUUUCUACCACAUCGUUGUCUUACUUCACAGUAAUUUAUUCUCUACAAUAGUGAUGUAACAUCGCUGAGAUACUUAUUCAUCAUGCUAAUGCAACAUGCUCAUGCUACAAGAGAAAUUCAAUAGUAGUAUGCAUUGAAAAUUACGGAGGUAUGAAAUUAUGAAUAAUAUUAUAGCUUAUAUAUGAUCUGUAAUUAUUUACAGCACUUCAAGCAUCGUUUUGUUAAUCCUUUUAUUAGCAAUUUUGUAAAGCAUCACAAUUAAAAUUAUAUGAUAAAACACUAUAGCUUUAAUUCUAAAAAACAAAAAUAAACAUUUUACUUGCA